UCACUUAAGCCCAGCAAGAAGAAGCAUUUGUUUACAUUUUAUUUCACACUUUUGUGCAAUUUGCGUAAACAAUUAUGACGACUGGAAACGAAGCUGAGGGGGAUGAGGAGAACCAGGGCAAUGCACGCCCCUUGCCAAGAGCACAGCUCCCCGCGGAGUUAAUGGACAUCUUCAAAUCGCUGGCCGAAAACAACAACAUUGUCUUCAAGUCCCAGCAAAUUGAUGACCCGGAAAUUUCUCUCGAGGAAAAGCAGGAAAUCGCACGAGAAGCCUUCGAAAAGAACCGGGAGAACUUCCUCAUUCGCUUUGGAGCCCACCUGAGUGUCAGACAACUGGGCUCCUUCCAGGAGCUGGCCGUCAAGGAACCCAUCAAACCCGAUGAGAACCUGGAGGAGAUGUGCCUGCUGCUGGAGGAUUUCCGGAGGAAACUUAGCACCCGUUCGGUUUGCAUUAAGAAUCGGCGAUACAACGCCAUGCAGCAGCUGCUGGACAAGGGAGAGUACUUCAGCGAGCAUGAGAUGAUGCAAAGGGCGCCCGAUCUCUACCAGGAGCUGGUGGGUCAGUACCUAACGGAGGCGGAGAAGAAAGCGCGGGACAGCUACGAUGUCAGGAACACCAGUUUCUCGGGUAUACUAAUGCACACGCUGGAAAAGAAGCAAAGGGAUGAGUUGCUGGAGGAAACUCAGCAGGAAGAGGAAGAGCAGGUGGAGGUCAGGAAUGCAAGUCUCCCACCCGCAGACUUUGAAGUCCCAGUGGCUUGCCGGAAGCAAUGGGGUGGCUUUGACGAUGACGAACCCGUUGCCUGCUCAACAAGUCGAAAUGCAGAAGUUCGAGUUCCCGCCAACAUAACAAAUAUCUCCACGCCGGAAUACUAUAAUCCCGGAGAGCGGGAAUUGCUACGCAACGAGUUCCUGAGCUUAAUGAAGGAGCGUUUCCUGGGUGGCGAGGACAAGGACUUUGAUUACACAGCCGUAGAUGAUAACACUUUGCUGGAUGAUCUGAAGCAAAUCGAGCAGGAUGAGGAAGAUGCCUACUUUGAAGACAGCGACGAUGAAGAGGAACUAAGGGAUCAGCCUGCAGAGCAGAAGGAGGCCUCGAGCGAGGAUGAGCUGGACAUCUACAUGAGGCAUCUAAGCAAUCACCACAGUCUGCAGCAUUAGUCAAGAAUGAUAAAGAGCUCAGCACUCUGCAGCAAUAGUCUUUAAUCUUAAUCAUACUCUUAGCCCUAACGAAUUUUGAUCUUAGACACUAGAAUACAUGCAGUUGUUGAGUAAAAA